GUAAAUCUACACUGGUUUGCAGAAAAAUGAAAUUUUUACUGCUGGCACUAUUGCCUGUAGUUUCACAAGCUGCGGGCGGUGUACAGCCUGUUGGAGCCCCGGAAGCUGCGGGCGGUGUACAGCUUGUUGGAGCACCCGUUGAGGUACCCGGAGAUCUGAGCGCUGACCAACAAGAAAUUGUGGAUUUUGCAUUUGCCCAACUUUCCGCUGGUGCAGCUGGAGAAUGCCAAAGGAGGAUAGUACGUGUUGAGAACUUCAAACAGCAGGUUGUGGCUGGAACUAAAUACACCUUUGAUCUGGUUUUAGCCUCACACAAGGAUAAUGAUGCUACCUGUCCUGAUGGUCCUGAGCAGAGUUGUAAGAUGGUGGUCUGGUCCAAACCCUGGGAGAACUUCAGGGAGGUCCAGUGGGAGCAGGUCACCUGUGCCAAGGAUGGACAGGGUGUCGUGGAGGAUGAGGAUGAGGUUGAGGUUGAAUCUACUACAAGAAAGGUCAGGAAGAGGUUACUCCGGGUUCCUCUAACAGCCUCCAGAACAUCAGGAUCAGUGUCCUCCGCCAUUAAUAAGGCAAGAGAUGUGGAAGCUCUACCAGAGGGAGGUCAAAUAUUCGGAGGAGGUGAUCAUGAUUAUCUUCCCCAUCAUAAGAAGGUUCUCGGAGGAGAUGAUCAUGAUCUUGUUCCUCACAAGAAGAUUUUCGGAGGAGAUGAUCAUGAUCUUGUUCCUCACAAGAAGGUGCUCCGAGGAGAGGAUCAUGAUAUUGUCCCUCAUGGACUGGUUGGAGGAGGUAGACCACAUGGUCCACGGUUUGGAGGAGAUGGCCAUGAUAUUAAUCCCUUCACUGUCAAGAAGCUUCCUCCGUUCCAGGAGAGUGUGAGAACUCUGUCUGAGAUGCAAUCUUUGAAGAGCUUUCAUUCAUUCGUCAAAUCUUACAAUAAAACAUACAAUAACAAGGCUGAGUACAAGAAAAGGUACGGAAUAUUCCGGGAGAACAUGAAGAAGAUCCAGUUCCUGCAGGAGACAGAGCAAGGUUCAGGUGUCUACGGAGCAAACCAUCUAGCAGAUAUAUCAGAACAGGAGUUCAAGAGAGAUUAUCUGGGAAUCAAUCUAAAGAAGGAUGAUCCGGAUAUCCACUGGCCUGCUGCAGAUAUCCCUGAUGUUGAACUACCAACUGAGUUUGACUGGAGAACCAAGAAUGCCGUGACUCCUGUUAAAAAUCAGGGUGCCUGUGGUUCCUGCUGGGCGUUUAGUGUGACCGGAAACGUUGAGGGACAGUUGGCGAUUAAGAACGGAAACCUUGUCUCCUUGAGCGAGCAGGAGCUUGUAGAUUGUGAUAAAAGGGAUAGCGGAUGUAACGGUGGUCUGCCUGAGAAUGCGUACAAGACCUUGCUUGAGAUCGGAGGCCUGGAAUCUGAGGAGGAUUAUGGAUAUGAUGGAGAGGAUGAAAAGUGUCAGUUUAACAGGACACGUGUUGUAGCACGUGUAGCCGGCGGAGUUGAAAUCUCUCAAAAUGAAACGCAGAUGGCACAGUGGCUUCUACAGAAUGGACCCAUCUCAGUCGGAUUAAACGCGAAUGCAAUGCAGUUCUAUAUGGGAGGUGUCAGUCAUCCUUGGAAAUUUCUCUGCAGCGCAGAAGGAAUUGAUCAUGGAGUCCUGAUUGUCGGGUUUGGAGUCCAUGAAUAUCCUCUAUUCCACAAGACUAUGCCCUACUGGAUAAUCAAGAACUCCUGGGGUCCAGGCUGGGGGGAGCAAGGAUACUACAGGCUUUAUCGUGGAGAAGGCACUUGUGGAAUCAAUAUGAUGACUUCAUCAGCUGUUCUUGAGUAGUCCGCUGUUUUAGAGUAGUCAACUGUUCUAGAGUAGUCAGUUGUUCUAAAGUAAUAAGCUGUUCUAUGGUACUCAACUGUUAGAAUAGUCAGUUACUGAAGACUGGAGAGCUGUUCUAGACAGUAAGCUUUUCUAUAGUAGUCAGCUGUUCUACAGUAGUCAGCUGUUCUAUAGACUAGUAAGCUUUUCUAGACUAGUCUGCUGUUCUAGAGUAGUCAGCUGUUCUAUAGAAUAGUAAGCUUUUCUAGACUAGUCUGCUGUUUUAGAGUAGUCAGCUGUUCUAGAAUUGUCAAAAUUUAUCAAAGAUCGAUAUUAAAACUUUAAAUCUCUUUUGCUUGUAUCGUUGUUCCUGAUUUUACUCAGGAUAUUUAAUCUCUUAUUUAAACAAUUAUUUAUUUAAAAUUUGCAUGUUUUUGUCAGAAAAAUCAAUACAGAUUUUAAAUUU